UUUAGGGCCAUUAAUUCUGACCACGUGCCUGAGAGGCAAGGUGGAUGGCCCUGGGACAGAGGCUGUUCAUCACUAUGUCCCGGGGAGCAGGACGUGUUCAGGGCACGCUGCAGGCUCUCGUCUUCUUAGGCGUCCUAGUGGGCAUGGUGGUGCCCUCACCUGCCGGCGCCCGCGCCAACGGCACUCUACUGGACUCCAGAGGCUGGGGCACCCUCUUGUCCAGGUCUCGAGCUGGGCUAGCUGGAGAGAUUUCGGGUGUGAACUGGGAAAGUGGCUAUUUGGUGGGCAUUAAGAGACAGAGGAGACUCUACUGCAACGUGGGCAUUGGCUUCCACCUCCAGGUGCCUCCUGACGGCCGGAUCAGCGGAACGCACGAGGAGAACCCCUACAGCCUGCUGGAAAUCUCCACAGUAGAGCGGGGUGUGGUAAGCCUCUUCGGUGUGAAAAGUGCUCUCUUCAUUGCCAUGAACAGUAAAGGAAGACUGUACACAACGCCCAGCUUCCACGACGAAUGCAAGUUCAGAGAAACCCUCCUUCCAAACAAUUACAACGCCUACGAGUCAGAUCUGUACAGAGGGACCUACAUCGCACUGAGCAAAUAUGGACGGGUAAAGCGGGGCAGCAAAGUGUCCCCAAUCAUGACUGUCACUCACUUCCUCCCCAGGAUAUAAGGACCCGUGGAUGAAGGCUCACAGGGUGACAGCUUCGUCUUUUCUGUUGGGAUUUUACACUAAGAGAACACUUCUGCCCUUAUCCUGUGACUUCUGGGUCUGGCUUAUCUCAUGCCCAAAGAGAUGAGCUGGCUCCCUUGGCCACUGGAUUGCACAUGGCCGAGGGUUUACAGUUCACGUCUCAGGAUGGCAGUGGAUCCUGUGCUUACCAGAGGAGAGACAACACAGAUGACUCUUGCAGCAUGUGGCCCUAUGCAUAAGAAAAUGGCAAGAUGGGAGUAUGCGUGUGUCCCUGCAUAUCCAUACAUCUUUGUGUAGAUUCUCAGAGCAAAGGCAUUUUAGAAUACCGAGUUCCUUUCUCCCAACAUCGUCAACCACAGCCAUUGGCCUGUCAGAGCAUCACUUGUCAAGUCAGGAGGACUGAGAUGCGCCCCAUUCUGCCUUUUUCUGAUCAGCUAUCCAGUUGUCUGAGUCACAGUGAGCAGCUAUCUUUUAUGUGCCAGGAGGAAGGUAGGGGUAUAAAAUAUAAUUGCAAACU